GGGUCAUCGGUUACAAAUGUCAUAGUGAUGGUUCAUUCUUCCAUUCCAAACUAUCACAGAAGAAACUCUAUAAGAGAAACGUAUGGUUCUAAAACUUUGUUUUUACCAUUUAAGAUAAGAGUAGUUUUCUUAGUAGGUCGUCCGUCAAAUCGAAAUAUUCAAGCCGCAAUAGAAAGUGAAAGUAUGAAAUAUAGAGACAUGGUGCAAGGAGAUUUCUUUGAUUCUUACCAUAAUUUAACACAUAAAGCUGUAAUGGGAUUACGAUGGGUGACAGAACAUUGCCAGAACUCAGAAUGGACACUUAGGGUAGAUGACGAUGUAGUUUUUGAUAUGCAGUUAUUUCUAGAAUUAUUUGCAUCACGACUGAAUCCUAAUAAUAUACAUUGUUGUACGAUAAACUACCCUCGAGUACUACGAACAGGAAAAUGGAAAGUGGCUCGAAAUGAGUUUCAUGGGCGAAAAAGAUACCCAUGGUCAUAUUGUCCCGGUUUUGCAGCGGUGUUCCGAAGUGAGAUGGCAAAACGACUCUAUAGAGCGGCUUUCGUCUCACCGUUUUUCUGGAUCGAUGAUAUUUAUGUUUACGGAAUUUUACGUCAUCAAGCAAAGAUACAAUUA